CACUUCACUUCUCUUAAAUGGAAACUUUCAGCAAGUCAUCGGCAGUUGUGGCGGCGGUGGUGGUAGCGGCGACGGCAUGGCUAUGGCGGAUGAUGAACUGGCUCUGGUUCAAACCCAAGCAGCUGGAGAAUCGCCUGAGAAACCAAGGCUUCGACGGCCGGCCGUAUCGGUUUCCGAACGGCGAUCUGAAGGAAGCCGUCGAGAUGCUGAAAGAAGCAAAGUCGAGGCAGUUGGACGUCUCCGACGAUGCUGCCCUCUGUGUCUUACCCUUCCAUUACCACACCGUCGAGAAAUACGGGAAGAAAUCGUUUACAUGGUUCGGACCAGUGCCAAGGGUGCACAUCAUGAACCCUGAACACAUCAAAGAAGUGUUUGCAAAAGUUUACGAGUACCCAAAGAUGAGGAGCAACCCACUGAGGAGGCUGUUAGUCGGUGGAGUUGCAAGCUACAAUGGCGAGAAAUGGACACAUCACAGAAGGAUUCUCAACCCUGCGUUCCAUCAGGAGAAGUUGAAGGGUUCCUAUAUCUUCGCCCCAGCUAAGCACAAUCAAAUUCGGUGCUCAAGAAGAGUCUCGGCGCCGUCGAGUGUGAUUGAUUUCCGGGGGGAUUUCAGCUCGGCGUUAUUGGGGAGUUCGUACAGCGGAAGCUCUGUGGUUCAACGGAGGCGAUUCCUCGGAUGCGGAGAUGGGGAAGAAGGCGGUGUUUUGUCCAAGUUGAUGGUGCCAGCGUUCUAUAGAAGUUGCAAAGAUAUUGUUGAUGAGUGGGAGAAGGUGGUGAAAUCUGAGGGAAUGAUCAGCUCUUGUGAAUUGGAUGUAUGGCCUUAUUUACAGGACAUGACUUGUGAUGUAAUUUCCAGAACAGCAUUUGGAAGCAGUUAUAAAGAAGGGGCAAGAAUUUUCGAAUUGAUCACAGAAAUGGGCACUUUUAUUGUACAGAUUGCCCAACAAAUUUAUAUACCAGGAUGGAGGUUCGUACCAACCAAAGCAAACACUAGGAUGAAACAAGUGCACAAGGAGAUUCAAGAACUAAUGGAGGGGAUCAUCAACAAGAGAGAGAAAGCAAUGAGAAUGGGCAUGGACGAUGUCGCCAACAACGACUUGCUCGGUGUUCUGAUGGAAUCAAACAACAAAGACGGAAAUAUGACAGUAGAGGAAGUGAUUGAGGAAUGUAAGUUGUUUUAUUUGGCUGGGCAAGAGACUACCUCCUCACUACUGGUUUGGACAAUGAUCCUUCUCAGCAAGUACCCAGCGUGGCAAGAAAGAGCAAGACAAGAGGUCUUGCACGUCUUUGGCACAAAACAUGGCAUCGACUCCACCACACUCGACUCGGGCAGUCUCAGCCAGCUUAAGACCAUGACCAUGAUCCUAAAUGAGGUUCUCCGACUGUAUCCCCCAGUAACGCAGUUGAUUCGGAUUAUCGAGAGAGAUACGGAGCUCGGCGAUUUCAUUCUGCCUGCAGGAACUCAGGUGGCCCUACCAGCGAUCCUCAUCCACAAGGACCCCGAGAUCUGGGGGAAAGACGCGGGGGAGUUCAAUCCAGAGAGAUUUUCCGAUGGAGUUUCUAAGGCGACGAAGAACCACAAUCAACAGGGUGCAUACUUUUUUCCCUUUUCAGGGGGUCCUCGGAUUUGCAUUGGCCAGAGUUUCGCUCUUAUGGAAGCUAAGAUGGCUUUGGCAAUCAUACUUAAAAGGUUUUCCUUCGAGCUUUCACCGUCAUAUGUCCAUGCUCCUUCCGCAGAGGCCGUUACACUCCGGCCACAAUUCGGUGCUCGACUCAUCCUUCAUAAGCUCUGA